AUGGCAUCGAUGGCCGCUUCGAGCUCCAUCAAGGCUGCACGUCCGAUGCUCAAGACGCAGCAGGUGCAGAAGCUCAGCCGUGCAUACUCUGCCGCCACCCGCCAGAACACCGCUUUCACCACAAUGAAGCGCACCUCUACCCUCCUCAACGCCGCCCGCACCAAGGGCUCCCCACUCGCCUUCCAGGCCAGCCGCGCCUACUCCUCUGAAAUGGCCAACGCUCUCGUCCAGGUCUCGCAGAACCUGGGUAUGGGCCAAGCAGCCAUCGGUCUUGGCGGCGCUGGUAUCGGUAUCGGACUGGUGUUCGCCGCGCUGCUCUCCGGCGUUGCGAGGAACCCGUCGAUGCGUGGCCAGCUGUUCUCCUACGCCAUUCUGGGCUUCGCUUUCGUGGAGGCCAUUGGUUUGUUCGAUCUGAUGGUUGCCAUGAUGUGCAAGUACGUCUAG